GAUAAAGAACAUUUUGUAGUUUGCUCAGUUAUAUUUCGCUGACCUAUUUGCGGCAACCGUUUUUUUCUGAUUUGCAUGACUCUUUUUUUUGUUUUUUUUUUUACUUUUAUGCCACGUAGCCCCCGCGUGUGGGCCGAAAAUAUGGUGAGCAUAUGCAGACUCGGCCUCGAAAUCACGCACCACAAUCCUUUUUACGAACACGAGACUUGUUAACUAUGCCAUUUCGCAUUAAUAAAACGCUUCCCGAGGCGAAAAAAAAGAGAGGGGAUAUACUCACGGCUAAAUUGCAUCGAAAGAGGAGAAAAAAAAAAAAAAAGUGAAUAGCGCGUUGUAGCGAUUAGGAAGCUGCAACCGUAUUGAGGACGGAGAUUCUUUUUACUGUCUACUCGUGAGAAGCGGCAGCUUUAGGGGGGCACAACGACAUGCAGAAACAAGCAGGAUGAAUUUCAGGCGGCUGAGUGCUAACCUACUUGUGUGCUGGUUGGUACAAAUAUACGUGGAGAGGAAGCACCUGCAUUGUUACGGCAGUAAUACGAAGGCUCCAAAACCGCCGCACACUAAGGAUGAUCAAAAUGGAAAGACGUCAGGAUUGACGAACAGUGUGGACUCCCUGGUGGAGAACAUUCUAGAAGUAGUGCACUACGUGGAAGACAUGAACAACUACAUCGUCGACUUUAAGAAGGAACUGCAAAGCAAAUUCGAGCACCUCGUACAGCACGAUGCUAAUCUGUAUGAGUCCUACGAACACAAUGAAAAUAUAUUGACCCAUAUUUACUCCUACAAUGAAAAUAAGCUACACAGAUAUUCCAAAUACUUGGAGAAUUUAAAAAAUGUAAAGUUAGAAAUGUUUAAUGACACAAUUAAUAACAUCCAGAGGGAGAAUAUAUACUAUGUCAACUUCGUGUACAGAAACCUGCUCUCCAAGAUUGACUUGCUGAGCGAUCUCAACAGGAAGAAAAUGGACAAAGAGAGGCACAAAAACCUACGAGAGCUAAACAAUUACCUGGAUGCGCUGAAGAACAAAAUGAUGAGCAUGGAGCAGCAGUUCAGCCAAGUGAUAAAGGAGAAGGCGGAAAGCAUACGGAACUGGAACCAUGAGAAUAUAGACAGAUUCGAAGCGUCUGCCACGGACUACCUCCACGGCAACAGCAACUUUGACACCUUUUCCAGUUACGUAAUAAAUGACUUCCUCCUAAGUGGAAAAAGAAUUAAUGUCCUAAAUUAUGAAAACAAUUCCUUCUUCAAGAGCAACUUCCUAUACUUCAAUUUUCUACACAAUUAUAUUAAGGGAAAAAAAAAUGAAAAAAUUAUGAAUAUCUAUAUCUAUUUGAAGGACCCCUUGAUAAAGGAGCACGAGUUGUCCUACUUGAAUUAUUACGUUAUCGUGGAUCUACACAUCGUGGACGUGAUCAUAAAAAAUGUAGAAAUGUUAGCCCAAGCGCAGGGAAAAAACAAAAGCGAUUUUAACAACGUGCUCAUUUGUGUGGACAAUUACACAGUCAAGUACAACGUACUAUCCAGCAACAUUUAUUUGGACAUGCAGCCAGACAUUAAGAACUUUUUUUCGAAUAAAAUCGCAAGCAAAAUUGACGAGAAGAAAAUCCAAGACAUACUAGCUGAGCUCAGGAAGAAAAACAGAGACAAUUAUGAGAAUACCAUUUUUAAUGAUGAAUACUAUAAAAGGAUGGAGAGUAUGGAAAAGGCAAGGGAAAGAGCCUAUGCUGCGGGGGAAAGGAAGGUGAUAAAUACCAGAGGCCAACCCAACGUAUACAUCAUGAAGAAGAACAUCUUCUUCGACUCGAAGAAGGAGUACUACAAAAAGUUCCUGUCCGUCUACACAUACGAAGAAAUAUUUCGCAUCCUCUGUAGUGACAACAACCACUGCAGUACUAACAUCCUCAAUUCGUUGGAUGAUGUAAACAAAAACACAUUCAUCUUGAAGAGCCACCUUACCAUUAAGAACGAACUGAAGAAGUUUUUUCUGGUCCACCAGAGCGAGCUGCUUAGCAGAAGACGCAGGGGAGGCGAAGAGGCGGAAAAACAGGGGAAGAAUGAACCCACCGAUUCCAGCGAGUACAGCGAGGCGAUUCAGCCAGGCCAAGCAGGUGUGUCGAAGCAAUCGGUCACCCCCCUCACGCCAAAAAUAUGCCCCGCACAGAAGCAGAACAUAUUUUCCAAUAGCGACACGUGCCCAAGGCAGGCGGGGAAGAACCCCCAGUCCGUCCUGUACAGCAAGGACAACCUUAUUAACAUGAACAAUGUGGACGAUUACCUGAAUACGUACUACGUGUCAUAUCACAAUUCGUUCAAGGUGGUGAAGCGGGAUCAGUACUACUCCAUCCUGUCGCACAUAUUUGAGAGCUACCUGAACAAGGCUGACUCACGCAAAAUGGCUGGUCAGUUUCCGCACCUAAGAAGCCGCAACAACAUCUCCAUCAACUACCUGGGGAUGAUGCCCGAAAUUGUGAAGGCGUACAAGACCUUCAAGUACUGCAACUCGUUAUACGCGCUGGGGAACACAUACGUUCGUAAGAGGGCCCAGGGGGAAGCGGGAACGGAAGAGGGGGCAGAGGAAGACGAUGACGACAGUGAUGACGAGGAAGAAGAAGAGGACAACCGUGAACAUGCCGCUCGUGAUGAGCAUGUGAACGAGGAGAAAGGCAAGCCGAAUCCAGCCGGACCAAUACAACCGCACAACGAAAUAACGGACGAAAUCGCCUUCCUAAAAAAACACAACCACAAGUACAUGAAGCUGUUCCAGCAGCAUGUCGAGGAGGAGAUAAAAUUCAUAAACUUCUUCGAAGUGCUCCUUAAAAAAAAAGUAGCAGUCAUCCUAGAGAAAAACGAGUUUUUGAAGCUAUACAUUUUUUAUGGGAAGAAGAAGCUGCCCAAUUUGCCGUACACAAACUUGUUCUUUAACUGUAGGACUAUAAUAAAGAUUGAGGUGCUCAGAGAUGUGAACACAAAACAGAUAAUCUACUCCAGUAGGUCCUUCUUCCUGGAGACCUUGAUAACAUUGAAGGAAUACAAAAUAAAAAACGAGAGCGCCUACAUCAUCAUUGAAACGUCCGAUGAAACGAGCUCCAUUAAGAAGAGACUCAAAAUGGAAAUGCUCUACAGAAUAUCUCCCAUGUCCCAUAUAAAUGCUUAUAUAAUUUCUAACAAUAGGAGGGAGACUGUGUACCACAAGGGUAACGUAUACCAGCGGUCUGCCAAUGACAUCAAGGAUGUGAUAAGUGAUAUUCGCAAUGAUUUUCUCAAUAUCAUGCUCCCGCAAUACAAUUUGUUCGAUCUGUUCGACAGCAACAUAUACAUCAUUAUUUGUUUGAAGAACGAGAACUGUUAA